AUGGACAACACUGAAGACGUAGAAAAUAUGUCUGACUUGUAUCACAAUGAGGAAUCCAUGAUAGCAUAUGAUAACAGAUGUGGAUAUAACACAUUAAAAGAGGAAGGACCAACAGCACAGAAAUCACAAUGCUAUGAGGAUGGUUUUUACAGCUUCCCAGAAGCAAGUACCUAUAUUCAAAAUUUUCUACAUGAAGACAACAUGUCUUAUUCAAGCACUCCUGAUGAUCUCGAGGCCACCUCUGCAGUUUUUCAACAAUUUGACACAAUAUUACGCCAACAAGUACAUACAGAAAUAGAAGUUUUCAGGGAAAACAUAAACAGGAUACUGACAAACCAGCAGUACCAAUUCAAACAGGCUUUUGACCUUCCAGAUCCAACGAUAAAUACAACUGAGGCAAUGCAUGAAGUGCCACAAUCAAGUUAUGCAGAAGAAGCAAAUUCUGAUGAAUCCCAACUCAUGCCAGAUAAAACCCAAUCUGACGGCGACGAGAACGCUAUUGGGAGACUGCGUUGGUACMAUCUUGAAAACUAUCCUUCAGAAGAGAGUUUCACAUCUCAAGAAAUUCAAGAAGCCGUGCAAAACGACGAAGAAAAACUAACCAUGGAUUUUCUGGUGAGAAUGUUAACUGCUGAUUCUGCAAUAACUGCCGCCUUGAGAAGAAAAGAAUAUGCGUCGUAGGAAGGCUAAUAUUCUGUACAGGUUUGACAUAAAUGUAUUGCGCAUGCUUCAAGGCGCAAGUAAGCGCUCAUUGAUAUUAAUCCCAGAAUUUUGUUAGUCUUACUGGGUCCGCAUGUUCCACUAAAUGGCAGUUCGUCAAGCAUGCCACAUCGAUAUCAAAGUAUGGGAGGGUUCUGGGGACGAGGGUAGCCCAUACAGAACUCUGAACAAUUAURGACACUUAUUCUUGCUUUGCUAUCAAUCCCUAGAGAAGGAAAUUACAAAAUAGAUAGCARUUGUUUUGGAAAACUCAAUAAAAUUCCUUUUGUCUUA